AUGCAAGACGUCGACCAGAGGGGGGGCUUGACUUUGAGUGGGCACCCAGUCUGCCAGCGUGCCUGGCGGUUGUUGCUUGGUGUAGGAAAGAGUCGAUUUACCAGAUUGAGGAAUGCAAUUGUCCAAGGGCGGGCAGACCCACCAGGAGAUGGAAGGUAUGGUGUCAAGAGGCACACAACACUCAUUCCGAGUGACGGUGCGCGUGCAGCAGUUCAUGAAUAUUUGACGAAGCUGUACCACUCGACAGCCGAGCCUUUACCUGAGGGCAGACAGGCUGAGGAUGCGGUGGAAAUUACAAAUCGAGCGCGGCGAGUGAAGCGACGGGGCAAACGCCCGCGACACUUUGUAAAGCGGGAGGAGAGGAGUUCUGGUUUUGCGCCAACCGUUUGGGAGGAGAACUUCAGAGACCACUUGGUGAUCCGGCCAAAAAGCCAGCACAAGGCGUGCUCGCUUUGCAUUCGCUACAAGCUUCUGCUUCGACGUUUGCAGUACCAACCAGAAGCCAAAGCUGAGCAAAUGCGCUUGUACCGAGCGCACUUGGAGAAGCAGUACGCCGACCGGACCACCUACUGGGGCAGCCGCGCGCUUUCUCGCAUGGGAUUGCAAUCCACUGGGGAGCGCCUCAUUGUACUUACUCUCGAUUCUGUAGAUCAUGCCAAGUUUGCAGUGCCAAGGGAUUUAUCGAUGCAGUCGAAGUGCUUCUCGAAUUUUGUCAGACCGUCCCUUUGCUGUACUGGUGUCUUGAUACACGGCUACGGUGUGGUGCUAGUUCUCGGGCAGCCGUUCACACGGCAGGACAGCUCGUGGACAUGUGACAUCAUCGGGUAUUGCUUGAACCUUUUGUCUCAGCUCCCCCCUGACCAAUGUAAUCUGCCAGCGUCGUCCAUAAUACUUCAAGGAGACAACUCCUCCAAAGAACUGAAGAACAACAGUGUGAUGCGUCUGUUAUCAGGAGCUGUGGCCUGCCGGAGGGUGCAAAAGGCACAGUUGCGCACCCUCCAGGCAGGCCACAGCCACGAAGAUCUGGACCAGUUUUUCUCCUCGCUAUGUGACAGAAUCUCAUCAUCCAGCUCGCUCCAUACACCAACAGAUUUUGUUGACAAUUUGCAAUCUUGGUUGGCAACCGUGCGUCCUCUAGAGCCCAUGAAGAAGGUUGUGUUGCUGGAUCAAGAAAGCCUUCAAAGAGUUUGCGGUGCGUGGAUCCACGCGGUCGAAACAAUGAAAGGUCAGCUGCCGGAUGAUUUCACCAGCAAGGAACUCCCACAGCUACAGAAAGGGUUCUUGUUGAAGUACGCAGACAUAGAGCUCCAAGCCGCCCUGGACGGCGCUGUGCCGCCGAUCAAAGUGGAAUCGAUUAGCGUUCUCCGGCCCGUGCUUUUCAAAUUCCAGCGCGAGGCGCAGUUAGUGUUUUUUUGGGUGGCCUUGCGCGUGUAUAAGUUUGCGAGGCUUCAGGAGCAGAUAGCUGCCGUUGACCUGAAGAAGCUUGAGACAAAUAUUGCAAAGGACCUCGAGAGCAUGACCAAGUGGGCCAAAUCGUGCGCAGAUGAAUCCAACCGGAACGCUCACCUUGACUUGAAAUAUUUGAACGCACGAUAUGAGAAGGGUGUGCGUCUUGUUGAUGAGUUCAUGCAAAAGCGUCAUGAGUACAAAGACAGCACGAUUGGCUUGGCCACCGCGCAGCCGGAUAUUUUGCGGUUCAUGACCGAUAAUGAAGCUGGACCACAGGGGACGCUCAGACGAACAGUUGUGUUGCCACGAAUUGAAUCACGAUCUUUCGUUCGGUGUUUGCAAGUGUUUUGCGCCAAGGACCGCGCUCUUGAUUUUGGAUGCCACGUCAUGGCCAGGGCGUUCCCUGCCUGCAGCCAGCCAGUGCGUCGUGAUGUCAGUCUCAAUGUAUUCUAA